ACACUGUAAAAGGGGAACUGUAGAUAGAGUCGAAGGAUAUCUUAUCUUAUCAUCAUCAUGGUAUUCUCUUUAUUGGCAAUCACAUAAACAAAACAAAAGUAAUGACCCUUUUACUUUGAGAAAGAGAAAUAGAAAGCAGACAUGGAAGGGUUACAAAUAGCUCUGCCUAUUGUUGGGGUCGUUGUGGCUGCUGCUGCCACCUUCUAUGCAGUGAGCUUUGCUGAGCUUAGAGAGAAAUCAUUUAGAGAUUUGGAAGAAUCUGAGUAUGAAGAUGGGGUUUAUAGGCCAUCCCCUAGCUCCCGUGAGAGGCGUGCCAGAAGACAAGCCAACAAAAAUAAUAACAAAAGAUGACUCCAUUCAAUCAUCUCUCUCUGCUUUAGUUUUUAAGGAAUCAAUGAAGUUUCCAAAUCAGGUGCACUUACUUGUCUAUUUAGUUUGGUUUCCUUUCAUUUUCUUCCCAACUUGGGUUUGUGAUUCAAUGAGGCAUCAUUAUGUGUGUGGUGAUAAUGAUUUAAAAAAAACAAUUUUUGAUAUUGCAAACUUAGUUUGAGUUGGAUUAAGAUGUA